AGGAAAGGAGAAGGAGAGGGAGAGUAUGUCGUGCGUGGCGAAUAAUCAGUGAACGAUCAGUGAUAGGGACGCGUCGGGACGUCGCGCGAGUGCGUCAAAGAACAGCAACAACGGAAGAGGGAGGAAGAGAGAGAAAUCAGACUCGGGUAAGAAUCCAUUUUGGAGCCGCCAGGUGCGCUCCUACGGGAACGAUGACGGGAACGAGAAUGAUGGGAGGAACUGGGGGAGGAGGAGGAAGUAAUUCGCAAAAUAUCCUGGUCACUCUGUACGUGACAACUGCCGGACUCCAAGGAAACGCGCUCGGCUCCGACGAAGAGGAGAUCACGCUGCUCGUUUACGUGCUUAUCGAUGAGCUGCAGAAUAAGGUGCUGGGCAGGCAGCAAUACAUCGUGCGACCGAUGGUAAUGGAGGAGAAUUGCACGCCCGGGACUGGUAGCGACAACCCAGCGAUUGCCGGAAGUAGCGGGAUCAUUAGCGAGGCCGCGCUGGCACACGCGCCAGCCUUGACCGAACGAAACCUCCGGGAGUACGGAAUUCCUCUGCAACAAGCUAUCGAAAAGUUUGAGAUUUGGUGGAGCUCGAUGCCUGGCGUAACUUCCGAUCUUAAGCCAAGAUUUGUUGUGGACGGUCAGGCAUCCAUGAGACAAUGCUUGCAUCCGGAGACUUGCAAUAAGGACAUCGAGCUACCGGAACAUUACAACUAUUUCCAUGAUCUCCGAAAGGACUUUGUAGAAUGCUAUUCGUCUCAUGGGGAGCUGUCGACCCUUGGAGUGCAAGAAAUGUUGCAAUAUUUCGGAAUGCCAUCAGAUACUGACAAUGAUUUUCACGUCAAAGAAAUACAGGAUAUGGUCAAUGUGAUACAGAGGAUGAUCAAGGACGGUCACAUUUUCAAAAAUCCAGAAGUAGUUAACAUUAUCCUAGAACCUGGUAUAUGUUCUAAGGAUGAGGAGGUGGACAAUGAUUGCGUAGUAAGAGCGCGCGGUCUUCCUUGGCAAUCUUCAGAUCAAGACAUUGCCAAGUUUUUUCGUGGGCUAAAUGUCGCAAAGGGUGGUGUAGCUCUUUGUUUAAGUCCUAUGGGAAGGCGUAACGGCGAGGCAUUGGUACGGUUUAUUAAUAAAGAACACAGAGAUAUGGCGCUGAAGCGGCAUAAACAUCAUAUGGGUACACGAUACAUAGAGGUUUACAAGGCCUCCGGAGAGGAUUUUGUUGGCGUUGCUGGUGGUACAAGCGGGGAAGCACACGCUUUUCUGUCACGCGGGGCUCAAGUCAUCGUUAGAAUGAGGGGCUUGCCCUACGAUUGUGUUGCUAAACAAGUGCUGGAAUUUUUUCAAUCUGGACAAAAACCAUGCCAAGUGUUGGAUGGUGAGGAUGGUGUGCUAUUUGUAAAGAAGCCAGACGGUAGAGCAACAGGUGACGCCUUCGUAUUAUUUGCGAAAGAAGAGGAUGCGGUGAAAGCCUUGAGCAAGCACAGAGACUGUAUCGGCAGCCGUUACAUAGAACUUUUUCGAAGUACAACCGCGGAAGUGCAACAGGUCCUAAAUAGGGCGACAGAUCCGAAACAAGUAAUUUUACCACCACCACCUAUCGCGCAACUUCCACCCUUACUUCCUCAACAUAUCAUAACGUCCGGUACGCGCAAAGAUUGUGUGAGACUUCGUGGUUUGCCGUAUGAAGCACUUGUCGAACACAUUUUGGAAUUUAUGGGAGAACAUUCUAAAAAUAUCGUCUAUCAGGGUGUUCAUAUGGUAUACAAUGCUCAGGGUCAACCGUCUGGCGAGGCAUUUAUUCAAAUGGACAGCGAGGCAUCGGCAUACGCAUGCGCGACACAGCGGCAUCAUCGAUACAUGAUCUAUGGCAAGAAGCAGCGAUACAUCGAAGUAUUCCAGUGCAGCGGCGACGACAUGAAUCUGGUAUUGACAGGUGCGGUAACACCGCCGUCGACCAAGGCACUACUAUCACCCGGUACGUUGACCACACAGUCCCCCGCGACCUUGACACAUCCGCCUGCGCCAACACCGGUGCCGGUACCGGUACCAACCGCGCAGCCGCCGCCGCCUCCAUCACCCUUGUGGGACAUUCACGCUCUGGUACAGGCCCAAGCCGCUCAGGCCGUUCAGGCGCAGGCUCAGGUGGCGCAAGCGCAAGCCGCCCAGGCGCAAGCUAUCAGGAAUCAAGACCUAUGGUUGAUGGCCUUGGCAUCGAAUCCGUCUCCUACCUCAACUACUCAUUCACCCACUUCGGCAGUCGCCGCCGCUGCCGCUGCCGCCGCCGCUACGAGCAAAUCCCUAGCUUUACCAGGUCCGAAUCCAGUAGUUCAGACAGCCCAACUCCCCUACGCGGUAGCACCCCCGGCAGCUGCAGCAGCUGCUGUUGCGGCCGCUGCGGCUCUUCAUGCACCACCAACAACUCCGGCAGCAGCGGCGGCGGCCGCGGCGGCUGCGGCGGCUACGCCAUUUUUGCUCUUUAACGUUCCCCAUCAUUCCCGUAUUCCUAUUCUGCGGGCACCGGCGCCACAUGGGCUGUUAACGCCUAUCAUGCCCACCGCGCCAACCUUGAACCCGGCCGCGAUAAUGGGUCUGAAGCGAACGUGGGACGCUGCUUUCCCCGCUGACGCGACAGCGGGUACCGUUGCUGCAAAACGUACUUGGCAUACACCGGCAGCGGCGUUUCACGCGCCAGCUCCGACCGCGGCUCCAGGCUUGCCUUACCCAGCUCAGUUUUAUCCCCAGAUCUGAUGCGUUGCUGCAUCAAUCUCUAGUUUCGUUUUAUAGACUCUUCCUUGAGUUCCAUGCAAGAAAAAUGAAAACAUUUGCCUCGAUUUCUCCAUUAAACGAGUAAGAAUUUGUUAUUCGCGUGGAAAUACGUAUGCUACGCGGGAAUCGCCGUGUUACCGACAAUACGACUUACUUUUAACGGAUUUAUGUACAUUCUUAGCGAGUAAGCGUUGUAAUUAUUCGCGAUAUCUACGACAUUCCGUUUCAUAUUCCAUGCAAGUCUGGCAGAACGUCAUUUACAACGUUUGCCCAGUUGAUAAAAUGUACCUAAUGUUUAGGAAUGCUUGGUACAAAUUCGGGCGUUACUUACACGACGGUACUUAACUCACAAGACGGUUUAUUUUUCUUAUCCUAAUGCAUUUAAGCAGCAAGUUUAAUCUUGGUAAGCAUGUUAAUUGUACUGAUAGUGGUAUAUAAAAUUCCAUUUAGCGUGCGUACAUGUUCUUUCAUAAUCGCGUGUUCACGAAGUACUUGUGGAAGAUCGUGCAGAAAACGCUCUUCUAUGUGAGCGUAACGAAGUGCCUUAUUUAAUGCAAUGUGAACACGAAGUACUUUGUCUAGUUCUCGGAAUUCUAUGAUCUACGCGCUCCUUUUUAUAUAUCCUUACACACACACACACACACACACACACACACACACACACACACACACGCGCGCGCGCACGCACGCACGCACGCACGCACGCACGCACGCACGCGCGCGCGGAUCAGGAUCUGAUAAGUUUUGACAAAGCGCUCAUAUGCAGAUAAA